AUGACCGGUACUUUAUCAAACUUUGUUGGAAAAGAAGAUGUUGAUCCGACUACAGACUCGGUUUCGAAGGCGGUCGCUUCGGCCAAUGCUGCCCGCGCUUUUGUUCUUCAAUCGGGCCUCGGAGAAGGACUUCUUGAAAAAGUCGAGGAUGACAGAAUUCAGAUGACCGCUGAUCCGUCAGUGAAGGAGUACAUUGUCCAAGCAUUGGCUCCGGCCAGUGGUGACAACACCACAGAACGAAACACCGUGGCUCCCGUGGAUAAUGUACCUCCGGAGUAUAUUAGAGCUGUUGCUCAAGAGAUGAAGAGGGUGGCUCGCAUCGCCGCACUUACCGCCGGUCCAGAGGCGAUGCCUGGAUCGAGCCAGAGCCAGCUGACCAGCCUCGCGGUGGCCAAUUCAUCGCCGCAAGCCUUUGUUGCGCAACAUGUCGACACCAUGGAGCCUAGGGUGGCGGCUGCAACCCACACAAAUGCCGAAAUAAGCACCCGAAACAGCGCAGCGAUGAUGGGUGUCUACGACUAUAUCAAGGGGACUGGCCUUUCCGUGAUAGACAGCGCCGAGACCUCAGAAGACAGGAUGAGACAGCUUCAAGGAGAGCUGGAUAGACAUGGUGUAGACCUCAACCUGCAGUCUCUAUUUGGUAGCAUGGACCAGCUCGUGCUUGAUGAGCAUUCGACCGUUUACAGCCCGGCCGCGUACUUUGUCGACCUGCUCGAGUUUCUCCGUCAUAACAAUCUCAAUCCGACCAAGACAGCGGUCAACACGAGUGUAUCUGGCCAGGCCGACGAUCUCAAGGGAUUCGCCCUCGAGUAUCUGCUUCCUCGUCGGCCCGACCUUCAACAUCUCGAACUCAGCUCCGAGAAUACGGGUACCGCGCUUCCCUACGUGGAUAUCGCCAACGGGGUCCUUGAGUCCUUCAGCGUUAACUACUCCCAGUACUUUUUCCAAACAGAGGCCUACCGCAAGUUGGCGAGCUCUAUAUAUCCAACCGAUCUAUCGUAUCACCAGCCGCUGAACUCGCAACGCACAUUUCUAGGUUUCAUGAAAGUGAACCGCGCCGAGCUGGCAGAGGAAUUCCGGACAGGUCCAUCGCCUGAAGUGCGAGCGGCCUACGACCAAAAGAAAGCCUCAAAGCCUACCGUCGAUAGUCUCGACGAGUUGCAUAGUGCCGCAAGUGACCACCAGAUGUGUAUAGAACCCAAUGGACGCUCGGCGGUUGCGGGGGAGUACUCGACACAUGAGUACUGGGGCUGUGCGAAGGACGAGGAUCUCCAGGACGCACAUGCUACCACGAGGAUUGGUCUCCGAGUCAUCCUCGACCUGUUGAAUCAGAGCUACAAGAUGCUUCAGACGCUCGCCGGCACUGUCCAAGCCGCUCCUGAGAAGCGCCUCGGCCUACUGGCUACCUUCCUUUCAUCCCUCGCACCAAUCAUCUCAACCAAAAAGGUGCAUAUUACCGAGAAGGAGCUCCGUAAUUGGGCGCUGAACGAGUUCGAUAAUGUGGGCAAGUUGGUCGUUCUAGACCGACCCAGUGGUCAGGCAUUCGACCUGGCGAGUUGUCUAUUCGCCGAGGAUCAGGCUUCCACCGCCACUCAACCAGGAGGUGAGAUGUCGAUGGGAUCUCUGGACACAAACGGCCAUAUCAUCUCGGAGAGUAGCAAACAACAAGUCAAACCGCGAAUUGUAGGGAGAGUCGAGGCCGAUGGCACAAUGACCGAUACGGCAUUCAAUCGCAUCGGCUUUAUCGUUAGAAACAUUGCCUUCUACAGCGGGUGUUUCAACCCUAACAAUCUGAACAACCGAUUUCCCAAAUGCCAGUUCAAGAUCUUGAGUUUCGACGAGGCCAAGACGGUCAUGGGCACAGUGUCUAAGGGAGUCAUCUAG